ACGAAUAGAUGACACAGAAACAAUGUUGAAUGAUAUUUUUCCUCGACCUAGAGAAUUUGAGGGUGAUGAUAAUGUCGAGGAUGAUAUCGGAGAUAAAAGUGAAGAUGAUAUCGAUGUUGAAGCUGAAGAAGUAGGAGAUGAUGGAAGUGCCGAAAAUAUUGAUGAUAUGCAUUCCUCCGCAGAAAUAGAACGAAUAUUGAAGCUACUAGAAGAUAGUGAAAAGGACUUAUAUGAGGGAUGUACCGAGUACUCCAGAUUUUCAUUUAUGCUAAAACUCCUACACAUUAAGACACUUAGCGGUAUGUCAGAUAAUUAUUUUGAAAUGCUUCUUGAUUUGCUUCGAACUGUAAUACCUGGAGGAGUGAAUAGCAUACCCCAAACAACUUAUCAAGCUGAGAAGAUUGUCGCUGCUCUGGGUCUAGAUUAUAAUAAGAUUGAUGCAUGUCCGAAUGAUUGUAUUUUGUACCACAAGGCCAAUAAAGACCUUCAAGAAUGUCCGACAUGUGGAGUUUCUAGGUGGAAACAACGUACAAAUUCUUCAAUAAGGAUUACAACGGAGACAGAGAUAACACAGAAGAAAAUUCCAGCCAAGGUGCUUCGACAUUUUCCAUUAGCUCCUAGAUUGCGAAGAUUGUACAUGAACAAAGAAACGGCGAAAAAUAUGAGGUGGCACAAGGAAGAUCGAGUAGAUGAUGGUAAAUUGAGACAUCCUGCUGAUGCGGUAGCUUGGAAGCAUGUUGAUAAAAUUUAUCCUCGAUUUGCCGAAGAUUGCAGAAAUGUAAGACUGGGUCUGUCAAGUGACGGAUUCAAUCCAUUUGGGGUAAUGAGCUCUGGUUGGUCUACUUGGCCAGUUGUACUAAUGCCAUAUAAUUUACCUCCAUUGCUUUGUAUGAAACAGCCAUUUAUGAUACUUUCAUUACUGAUACCCGGUAAACAUGCACCUGGAAAUGAUAUUGAUGUUUACUUAGAGCCUCUAAUUGAUGAGCUGAAACAACUAUGGUCUGAGGGUAUUGUAACAUAUGAUGCCCAUUUAAAAGAAUCGUUUAGAUUACGUGCUAUUCUAUUAUGGACGAUUAAUGAUUUUCCAGCCUAUGCUAAUCUGUCUGGGUAUUCCACAAAGGGAAAGUGUGCUUGUCCUGUAUGUGGUCCGGAAUUUGAAGCUCUUCAAUUACCACAUAGCCGAAAGAGUUGUUAUUGGUUUAAUCGAAGGUGGUUGCCCUUGAGUCAUAAGUACAGAAAAUUAUCAGCUAAGUUUGAUGGCACAGUUGAGAAAAGAAUGAAGCCGCGUCAACUCACAGGUACUGAGAUCGUUCAAUUACUUGAGGGGUUUCCAAAAGUUGUGUUUGGGAAAAAACGCUAUUCUAAAUUUAGCCCGCUCAGAGUAAGAGAUUAUUUAAAGUCAAAAAGGCCACUGAAGCGUAAGCGAAAGGUCCGGAAAAUGCAAGUUGAGGAAGAAGACCAAAAAUUACCUAGAGGAUGGACUAAAUUUAGUAUCUUCUUUCAGCUACCUUAUUGGCAAAAUCUUAAAAUCCGCCACAACUUAGAUGUCAUGCAUAUUGAGAAAAAUAUAUGUGAUAACAUAGUAUCAACUCUCCUACAAGAUGCAAACAAGUCGAAGGAUGAUCUACGGGCGCGCCAAGAUCUGACUGCUUUGAAUAUCCGAAAUGAUUUGCAAGCUCAAGAUGUUGGACUUAAAAAAUUAAAGUUGCCUCCGUCUCGUGUUACACUGACAAAUGAGCAGAUGCAACGAUUUUGUGAAAUUCUCAAAUCAGUAAAGUCUCCGGAUGGUUACUCUGCUAACAUUUCAAAUAAUGUCCAAGUGCAAGAGCGAAAACUCUUAGGUCUGAAGACCCAUGAUUAUCACGUUCUUCUCCAUCAAUUGCUUCCUGUUGCAAUCCGUAACAAUAUGGAUAAAGAAGCGUCGAAGAUUAUUAUUGAGUAUUGUGGGUUUUUCAGAAAAUUAUGCUCUAAAGUCAUAGAUGUAGAUGAAUUUAAAAAACUUGAAGCUGAGGUCCGAGUUACUCUAUGCAAUAUGGAAGUAAUAUUCCCUCCUUCUUUUUUUACGGUUAUGGUCCAUCUUACCCAGCAUCUUGCAAGAGAGGCUAGAAUCGCCGGACCUGUUACUUAUCGUUGGAUGUAUCCGAUUGAGAGAUACUUGGGCUCCAUGAAACAUAAUGUUCGCAAUCGAGCUCGUCCAGAAGGCUCGAUAGCUGAAGGAUACGUGGCAAAUGAAUGCUUUAUUUUUGCAUCACGUUACAUGCGCCAGAAGAAAACCACGGCUCAAGUACCAGAUAAGGAGAGAAAGCGUGAAAAAUAUCCGAGAUCUCUCUUAGAACAAAUUCAUGCAUAUGUGCUGGAAAACCUUGAUAUGUUCGCAGACUAUCGAAGAUGAGGAGUAUUAGGAGACUCUUUGACCAAGCGGGUGAUCGAUCACGUAGUAUCACCCCUGGUAGUGGUGCUGAUGAUACACCACCAUCUCCGGAUGCAGUACCAUCUCCGGGUUAUUCAUCACCUGGCCCCUCUGAUGCAGUACCAGAACCAUCCCCUGAUGCAGGGGAUACUUGGACACCGACAUAUCCAUCUUAUACAUUCCACACGGACUUGCGGCCAAAGACACAGGACUAUCUUAGUUUACCUUUACCUCCAGCCUCUCAUAAGUCUAUGGCUGACGCAAGGAAGUACCAUACACGUGCUGCGAGAAAAUUAGAAGAAAUGCGUGAAAUGAUUGAGACACGAAAGAAGGUUGCACUCGCAGCAAAGGAAAGAGAGAUAGCGAAUGGUGCUAAGAAGGAUCGUAUCGAGAACAGACGUGGCGGAGGUAAGCCUGAUUCUAAACAACCGCCAAGAGGAAUGAGGGCCAUUAUUAGGUGGAAUAGUUCUAAUUUGCCCGUUGGUCCAUGGUCGACCCGCUUGAAUGCAUAUAUUGGGGUUCUAGUGCGUAGAGCGACCAUUAUCAACCCUUAUUUUCAAUUUCGAGAACUACCAUGGAGCGCAUACGAGGCGAUAUGG